ACCUAUUGCCAGCAGCCUUCCUGGGUCCUGGAGGAUGUUUUAGAGUUUGAAGCGCAAUCCUCAAUUACUACUGUGACCUCUGACACAUGGGAUUUAGCUUUACAGCCAGCUUUGAUGAGUGUUCCUGGUCCUUGGCUGUGCUUUGCUGCCUGCUCUGUUGCACUGCCCCUGAAGACCAUGAGGCUGUAAGGCUGAGCCAGACCAGGGCUGAUGCAGGAAGAGGGCAAGACCUAACGUUUUCAGUGGUGGCCCUGACUUGGAUGGGCUAAAACAGAUCAUGAUGCCUCAUCAUCUGCAAUGAUGGAUCUAUUUCUCUGCGGUUUGUUUUUUGGAGGUUUUUUGCGUCCCUGCUGGUUCUCCAUUCUGCAUCCGUGCAGCCACGUUCUAUUGAUGGCCUGUUGUGAUUUCAAUGGAACAUCAUGGGAUGUACCUGGCACGUCGGGCAGCACUGGAUGGAGGUGCCUUUAGCCCAAUGUACCUGGCAUGGUGGUAAGGUGAAGGUGAAAGGAAGAGAAGGUGGAGAUGGAACUGCCAAAUCAUGCCAAACAACUGCUACUGCAGCUGAACCAGCAACGAGCCAAAGGUUUCCUCUGUGAUGUGAUCAUUGUGGUAGAAAAUGCCCUGUUUCGUGCCCAUAAGAACAUCCUGGCAGCCAGCAGCAUGUAUUUCAAAUCCCUUGUCCUGCAUGACAACCUGAUUAACUUAGAUACGGACAUGGUGAACCCCACCGUGUUCCGGCAGAUCUUGGACUUUAUUUAUACUGGUAAGCUCUUAACGACUGACCAGCCCGGUGAACAGAACUUUAAUGCUCUCCUCACCGCAGCAAGCUACCUCCAACUGCACGACCUGGCAGCUCUCUGCAGAAAGAAGCUGAAGCGGAACGGCAAGUCCUUUGCUGGCAAGGCCGGUGGCCUUGGUGUCGGGAGAUCUGCCAGGAGUCAGAGACUUUCCACUGCUUCGGUCAUCCAAGCUCGCUAUUCAGGGUCAAAUGAGGGGCUGAAGGGCUCGCACUCAAAGGAGCUGUCAAAGGGAAAGCUCUCCGAUGACGAGGUCUUCAUCAGCAGCUCCAACCAAGAGAACUGUCACUCCUUAAGCAGGGGAGCCAGUAAGAACGGCGGUGGGGGCAGCAGUGCAAAUGGAAGCACCGGCGACCAGGAGCUAGGCCUUGACCUGUCCAAAAAAAGCCCGUCACUCCCUGUUGCAGCCUCCCACGAUGACACGCAGCACAGUGAAAGCCAGCAUGGCUCUCCCCAAUCUGCCUCAGCCCCCGCAGCCAACAGUGCCUCAUCGUUCGACGAGUCUGGAGUCGGAGCCCCUCACAGCAUGGCGGACAGCAGUGACCCCAUGGAGAUGGAUCUGAGCGAAGAGUGCCACCACUCAUUGACAGAGAGCAGCCAGCGCAAGGGCCUCCGGCACUCGUCCCGCAAGAAGGAGUGGAUCAAGAAAGACAACGCCUUUGACCGAAAGGAGGGGGGCAAAGACAGGGACGAGGGUGAAGGGCUGCCCAACGGUAUCCUGCUGGGGCCCUUGUCCAAGUCUGUGGAGCGGAGUCUGGCCGGGGCCUACAGCGCAGACCUACCCUACCCGUGUAAGGAGGAGGUGGAAAACGGUAAGGAGAACAGUGAUGACAGCGGCCAGAGCGAGAGUGAGAGCGGCGGGCAUACUAGUGCCAACUACGUCUACCGGCAGGAGGGGUUUGAGCCAGUAGCCUACGGUGACAACCUGUAUGUCUGUAUCCCCUGUGGCAAAGGCUUCCCCAGCUCCGAGCAGCUCAAUGCCCACGUGGAGACGCACACCGAGGAAGACCUUUACAUCAAGGAGGAAGGCACAUACAGUGGCAAGGAUGAAGCUGAGGAUUUGUCCAACCCCAACCAGUCCUAUGCCGCGGAGUCCCGACCCUUCAAGUGUUCAGUGUGUGAGAAGAGCUACAAGGAUCCAGCCACGCUGCGGCAGCAUGAGAAGACUCACUGGCUGACUCGGCCCUUCCCUUGCAAUAUCUGCGGCAAGAUGUUCACGCAGCGGGGCACCAUGACACGGCACAUGCGCAGCCACUUAGGGCUCAAGCCCUUUGCUUGCGAGGAAUGCGGGAUGCGCUUUACCCGGCAGUACCGACUGACAGAGCAUAUGCGUGUCCACUCAGGAGAAAAACCUUACGAAUGUCAACUGUGUGGUGGGAAAUUCACCCAGCAGCGCAAUCUGAUCAGCCACCUGCGAAUGCAUACCUCUCCCACAUAAGCCAAAGACUCCAGAAUGAGCUUCGAGCCCAUCCGCAGUGAUUUACCUUUCUGUAGACUUGCUGCUUAAAAAAAAA